GACAGAGAAUACGAUGACGUCAUAUUCCCAGCUCUCUCUUGCGCUGUCAUUCAGACCGUCUCUGGCCCUGAAACACAAAUAUAGAGAACGGGGAGGGGACAAAUUUAACCUACAUGAGUGGGUGGGAAGAACUGGGCUCAUCAUCAUCUAUAUUCACAUGAGGCAGACAGAGGAGGGAGAGAGAGAAGUGUAAAGUCUCCUCCACAUUAGCACCGUUGUGGCUGAAGCAGUAACACCAAAUACAGAUAUGUACGGGUUCAUUAACAGCUGUCUCAAGUCUCUGGUGAUGGAAAAGUUUGGCCAAGAAACCUGGGACAAACUGAGCUCUCUAGCAGGGGUCCAGGACACCUUCAUGACAUACACAGUUUAUGAUGACAUCCUCACUCUGAGUCUGGUGGCAGAAGCCUGUUCACUGCUGGACGUACCGGCUGACGUGUUACUGAAGCUUUUUGGAGAACACUUCUUUGUUUUCUGUAAAAACUCCGGGUACGACGCGAUGCUGCAGACACUGGGAGGAAAUCUGGUGGAAUUCAUAGAAAAUCUGGACUCCCUCCAUAGUUACCUGGCUCUGUCCUAUCAGGAAAUGAAUGCACCAUCGUUCCGUGUGGAGAUGACAGACGAUGGGAAGAUGCUGCUUCACUACUAUUCGGACAGGAAGGGCCUGCAUCACAUUGUACCUGGAAUCAUGGAGGCGGUUGCCAGGGAUCUUUUUGACAGCAAAGUGAACAUGGUGGUUCUAAAUCAGUCAGAGGAAGACGAGCGGACAGGGAAGAAGGAACAUGUUGUGUUUCUGGUCAAUCAGUCCAAGCAGGUGUCCAAGACAACAGACCAAGUACACUUGAAUCACAGAGAGGAGGCAUUUUUCAGAAGAAUGAGGGACAGAUAUGUGUCGCUGGCUGGAAAAAAGAGUGGCUGGGACCUGAUCAGAGCCCUGGUUCUUUCUGCAGAGGGCAGCCAUCAGAGCAACUUCUGUCCAUGUUACCCUGACAAGCUGUGGAUGGAGGAGAAAGCUUUCUGCAAUGCUUUUCCCUUCCAUAUAAUCUUUGAUAAAGAUCUGAAGAUCAAGCAGACAGGGGUAAACAUACAGAAAUUUGUUCCAGGUCUUCAGACCAGAGAUGCUACACUGGACCAGUACUUCAUCAUUGUUCACCCACAGGUAACUUUUACUAUUGAGAGCAUCAGUAAGUUCAUCAACAGCCAGUUCGUCUUGAAGAACUCCACGCUCAAAUUAAGAGGUCAGAUGAUGUGGAUGGAUUCGCUUGGCUGUAUGUUGUACCUGUGUUCUCCAAAGUUAAGGAGCCUCCAGGAGCUUCAGGAUGUCGGCCUUCACCUGGCCGACCUGGCCCAGCACGACGUCACCCGAGACCUGGUCCUUCUCAACCAGCAACGACUGGCUGAGAUGGAGCUGACCAACCAGCUGGAGAGAAAAAAGGAGGAGCUGAGAAUCUUGUCACGGCAUCUCGAGGCUGAAAAGGAAAAGACGGAGACGCUGCUGUACGCCAUGCUUCCGCGUCACGUGGCCAACCAGCUUAAAGACGGCAAGAGUGUAAAAGCAGGGGAGUUUGAGGUGUGCACCAUUUUAUUCAGCGACGUGGUCACGUUCACAAACAUAUGCGCUGCCUGUGAGCCCAUCCAAAUUGUUCACAUGCUCAACUCCAUGUACUCCAAGUUCGACCGACUCACCAGCAUACAUGACGUGUACAAGGUUGAGACCAUCGGUGAUGCGUACAUGGUGGUGGGGGGCGUUCCAGUUCCUACGCAGUCCCACGCUCGCCGAGUGGCAAACUUCGCCUUAGGUAUGAGGAUAGCCGCCAGAGAGGUCACCAACCCUGUUACAGACAAACCCAUACAGAUUCGUGUGGGCCUCCACACUGGCCCGGUGCUAGCUGGGGUGGUGGGGGAGAAGAUGCCUCGCUACUGCCUGUUUGGAGACACUGUUAACACUGCUUCCAGGAUGGAGAGCCAUGGUUUACCUGACUGCAUUCACCUCAGCAAUUCCACAUACAGUGAGCUGAAGGACGCAGGGUUCAACAUACAAGAACGUGGGGAGAUCGAGGUGAAGGGUAAAGGCCAGAUGGCCACUUACUUCCUGUUGGGUAACUUGCUGGUGUCAGAGGACUGGAUCAUGGGAAAAGAAAAUGGACAGACGUGUAUUUAUGAGGAGGAUACUCACGGCCACAUUGAAAGAGAUGCCGAUAAAGAGCCUGACGUGAGAGGUGAUCCGGACACGCCCACAGAUGGACUCGGCCCCUCAGACCCCUCCCACUUCAAAACAAUCACCCCCUUUGCCUGGGACAUUAGUUCUCCGUAUGGGACCAAUGGGAACAGCAUCAAUACACCUGAAAAUAUGACCAACAGCAGACUCUGCGUCAUAAUCUGACUGACAGCUGACUCCCAUUUACAGUAUCUAUAAUAUGAGUGUCAGCUAUGGUUGGUAGGAUUCGUUUUGCGUUAUUCAUCUGUAUUUCCAUAAUAACCUUAGAGCAUCACGUAAAAUGUGUGAUACGAGGGAGAAAGACACUUCUGUACCUGAAAUCUGUACCAUCACAGAAGAUUCUGACCAAUCACAGGGUAGUUAAAGCUCAAGAGCAAAUGUGAGGAGGAGUAAAAGAAAGUUUUGUGGAAUAAAAUAUACUGUAUCAAGGA